GGACUGUGUACAUUGCUAAAAGAGCCAUGUCAAACUAAACGUCCACAAAAACCUUGGUGGGCUGAUGAAUGGGAAAUCCCUCGCAACAAACUGCAACUGGUAAAAAAACUAGGUGCUGGUCAGUUUGGAGAGGUGUGGAUGGGGUAUUACAAUGGGCAUACAAAAGUGGCCAUAAAGAACCUUAAACAAGGCACAAUGUCAGCAGAAGCAUUCCUAGCUGAGGCUAAUCUGAUGAAACAACUACAGCAUCCGCGACUGGUCCGUUUAAAUGCUGUGGUGACCCAGGAACCUAUUUAUAUUGUGACCGAAUAUAUGGAAAAUGGAAACUUGGUUGAUUAUUUGAAGACAACACACGGC